AUGAGUCGGGUGAAUGGCAGCAGUCCACAGGAGUUCAUUCUCUUGGGGUUUUCAGAUCGGCCAUGGCUAGAGCUGCCCCUCUUUGCCACACUUCUGUUUGCCUAUAUCUUUACAAUCUUUGGCAAUAUGGCGAUAAUUCUUGUGUCCCGCCUGGAUGCCAAACUCCACACCCCCAUGUACUUUUUUCUUACCAACCUCUCCCUCCUGGACCUCUGCUAUACCACAAGUACAGUUCCCCAGAUGCUCAUAAACAUCCGCAGCACCAGGAAGGUGAUUAGCUACAGUGGCUGCGUGGCCCAGCUUUUCAUUUUCCUGGCCUUGGGUUGCACGGAAUGUUUUCUCCUGGGCGUCAUGUCCUUUGACAGGUUUGUAGCCAUCUGUCGGCCUCUCCAUUACUCGGUCAUCAUGCACCAAAGGCUCUGCCUCCAGUUGGCCGCUGCAUGUUGGAUCAGUGGCUUCAGCAACUCAGUAUUACAGUCCACGUGGACCCUUCAGAUGCCACGGUGUGGUCACAAGGAAGUGGAUCACUUCUUCUGUGAAGUCCCUGCUCUGCUCAAGCUGUCCUGUGUGGAC